AUGGCGGUGAGUACUCUCACAUUCCGGCUCUUAUUUGCUGACUCAUUGAAAUUCGUUGCGGACGAACCAGAGAAGCGAAAGCGUAAGAAGCGCCCUCGUAAGAGGAAGAACAAAACCAAUUGUCCAAAUCCAGGACGAAAGAGGAGAUCGCGAGCCCGCAUGGCCGCAGAAGCUGCGGCUAAUCCACCACCGCCACCAAAGUCUGCUGCGGCGGCAGUAGCCUUCGUGGCAAAGACGCCCCGACAAGAGAUGCGAGAGCGGUACUUCGCAAAGCUAGCGGCGGAGGCGGCGGUGGUGGCUGCAGCUGAAGGAGAGGAAGAAGAUGAAGAAGAGGACGAAGAGGAAGAAGACGAAGACGAAGACGACGAAGAUGAAGAGCCCGUACCGAAGAGACGGCGUAUCCGCCUCGCGCGGCGGUUCCCUCGUUGGGACCCAGAUGACGAUGAUGAAUGGGAGAUUGAAGAACCCAUCAGACAUUCUUCUACUUACAAACCACUUGGGGAGUGGUGUCUUGUUUUCUGGCGAGAGUCAGGAAUCAAGGCGGUAAACAGUAAGGGUGACCAAGAGCAGUUGAAGAUCAAGCAGAAGGAGUCUCGCGAACUCGCUGCGAGACUCGCCGCUUUUGGUGGACAUACCUGGACCGGAGGGGUCCACACUAUCGAGUUUUCCCGAUCAUCUCAUGACGGGUUUGACUUCGAUAAGCAGAAGGGUACAUUGCCAAACGUGACCAAAGAGACGCGUAAGUUCUUCGACACCUGCAAGCCCCGCUCCGUCACAGUACUCAUUCGGUCCUUUGAUGGUCUGGCGACGUGUGAACUGCCGUUCGAGUCACUGUUGAAGAGGUGGGGUGACAAGAUACUGGACCUUGUGUUCCAGUCAGGUGUCGUGAACGAACCGCUUCUGUCGGUUCCCCACAUGAUUGGCGCCCUUGGGCUAUACUGUAUAGCUCCUUACUCGGCCGCGAUCUUCAAGGCAUAUUUUGCUGAUCGUACCGGGGUUAGGGUUGGCGCCGUCGUGCGUCUCCUGUUCGAGCAGCUGAAGGUUCUCGGCGACUCUAAACAGAGAGACCAGACGGGCACCCGGAACAGGAACAAGCUACCAGCCGCCAAUGAUCUAUGGACCGGUUGA